AAUAGUUUACAGCGCAUUGAUGUGGAUUUGUUUGCAUUUCUUGAAAGAAUGGCAAACCAAACCAGAACUGUUUGUGAAGUAGCCCAAGCUCCUGCAGCAUUUUCUGUCAAUAUAAGGCCAUGGGUUCCAGAUCUCUAUUGAUUGGAUGGAAAGUGUUUCGCUAUACAAAAGGUGCCCGAAAGUAUUUCUCUACCUCAUCAGUUUCAUUCAAAAAGAAUGUUGGCACCCAAGCUGGCAUCAUACAUCACAGUUCAGUCAGAAGAGAAUUAUUUUGGCACUUCACGAGACACUUUCAAAGAGAAGAGAAUGCUGCCAAACUAUUAGUAGUACAAUGUCCAGAAAUGGCAUGGUUCCUGGUUCCAUUGAUGAAGAGUCAUGAAUUCCAGCAUAGAAUGGCCGCUGUGGCUGAUAUAAGUAGUGUGGAGGAAGCAUUUAAAUUUUUGAGAAGAAAUAAAUGUCAAAUUAAUGUACACAAGUCCUGCAAAUAUGCGUUCGGGGUUAAGAAUAUAAUGCAGCAGUCAGAAGUGGAAUGCAAUAUAAUGAAAGAGCAUACCAACUUUAAAGGUAUAACUAUCCUAACAACACUGUACAGUUACCAAGAGUGGAUGUGGUAUUGCAACCACUGUAUCACUCAGAGGUCUGGUUUCUACUCACACCCUGUUGAUUGGUUUUGUCUCAUGCCAAAACAUGUUUUUAAAGAAAUUUCCACACUAAACUACUUAAACCGGACAAGGGCUAUUUUUAACGGCUUUCACAUUUUGACAAAGAUAAAGUGGAGCUCAAGAGUGGAAACAAGUAUAAACAUGCAUCUCAAGAGAUUGAACAAAAGUAUCACUGAACAGAUUGUUCUACUUCAUGUCACGCCUGACUACAAUCUUCUUGACCAGCUUACCGUUGACAGAGUUGCAGCCAGAAACUUUAUGUUUCAGACAGCCAUUGCAAGAAAGGAACAUCCAAAAGACUUUUUUGAAGGGUUUGGAGUUGGUGACUGGGAGGAUCAUGUUCAACCACACCUCAGUGAAUACAGCGUCAGGAUCAAAGAUGUCCACCCUCACACGAUCCUAAAAAUAUUUGUGGAGUUAUCCAAACUUCCAGAAUAUAAAGGCUCAUUAUUAGAGGCUGCCGUCCAGCACGACUUUGAUACAUACACAUCAAAUGAACACAUCAAUUAUGAUGCAGACCUUGACCUUGUCAACAGAAGUGAUGAUCUCUAUUCUGAUGGUGAUGAUUUUGAAGAAUGCAAGCAAGACAUCAAGUCUGACGAAUUUGGAUGAAGUUUUGUUGUAUAUUUUUAUGUAUAAACUAUGAGCAAUUUAAGUCCAUUGGGCUGUUAUAAACACCAUUCUCAUUUACUGAAAACCUUCUGAUUCAUUACCAGGAAUGACAAUGUGCUUGUAUUGGCAGAGGUUAUUGAAAGCUGUGUGUGCAUCAGGUCCAUUUGUAAUACCAAUCAUAUCAGCUCAACGAUAUGGCCAUUACACAGAACGGAGUUUUAGAUUUAGGCUUACACUCCUAGAAUUAAGGUUGGCCAGCCAUGGGACUGUUAGUCCAUGCCAUGGAAGACAGUAACGAUACAUUCUAUUUUGGAUUAUAUUGGUAUUCUUGUCAAAUUUUCAGAUAAGAGAUACAAGUCAUUCAUGGUGUUCUUGUUCUUUAUUUAAAUAAUUUGAAAUAAAACGGCUCUACUCAACUAACAAUAAUUGUUUUAUUAGCUUGACUAUUCGAAGAAUAAGGAGAGCUAUACUACUCACCCAAGCGUCGGCGCCAGCAUCUGCAUCGGCAUCGGCAUCACCCCUUGGUUAAGGUUUUGCGUGCAAGCACACAAAGGUUAAUAUCUCAGCAACUACUUGAGGUAUUGCAUUGAGACUUUAUACAAUGGAACUCAACCAUCCAACCUACUUAAUUAACCAAGUUAGAUAACUCUAGUUUGCAUUUAAUGCAAAAAAAUAGGCCUUUAUUAUGCGACUUAGAAAUUCUGGUUAAGGUCUUGCAUGUAAGCACACAUAGGAUAAUAUCUCGGCAACUACUUGAUGUAUUGCAUUGAGACUUUAUACAAUGGUAUUCAACUACCCAACCUAAUUGAAUAACCAAGUUAGAUAACUGUAUUUUGCAAAUAAUGGCCCUUUAUUAUUACACUUAAAAAUUCUGGUUAAAAUUUUGCAUGUAACCACAUUUAUGUUAAUAUCUCAGCAUAUCAUGUAUUGCAUUGAUAUCUAAUCUAAACAGUGAUCCAUGCAUGUUUCGCCAAAACUUUUCAAUCCUUACACUGAAAAGCGGCGGAAUAGUCGAGCCCGCUGUCUCUGUAACAGCUCUUGUUUAGAUAUAUAGUGUUCAGGCUCAUGGGAUCCCCAGACAGAUGUAAUGAUUAAGAAAAGCUCUGACAACCAACUAUCCAUGAGCCGAUUACAAAACUGGGAAAUUUCCAUAAUGACACAACAACUGCUAUAUUCCCAUUCAGUUAUUUUUUGGUUUUCUUAAAUAAUUUGUUUCAAAGCUCAUAUAUUUGAUUCUUUAUUUGUGAAUUGUCAUGUAAGUAAGUCAUAUUUUGAAAAAAAUAUGUCUUCAUAUCAAAGGCGCCAAUUCAUUAUGACAGGCUGGUGUGAGAGGUAAUGUUAAGCAUUAUAAUGCCCUGCUGUGCAUCCUUUAUUGUUUAUUGCACUUGUGUCAAAAAAGGGUCCAAUUUAGUUAAUUUCUAUAAUAAAACCCUACGAAUUGCACAGCAGGACACACAGAUCUAAGACCUGAUAGACAGCAGAAGGUUAUAAAGAUUAAGAUCAAUAUACACAGUUUUGGGGGCGGUGGUCACUUAAUACGAGGCUUAAACUAGGCCUUCAAGGACAUUAUAAACGGAUUAGAAGACUGUAUCAUUGUAUUUAUACACAAGCACAGCUACUGUUCUGAAUAAGUCAUGGCAAUACGUCCCUCAAAUUUGUGUACAUAAAGAAAGAUUGAUUGGGUGAGUCACAUUUAAUCAAUGUUCAUUACAAGCAAUAAAUACAGCUAUAUAACCGGUACAAUGCACAUCAUGUCACAAGAGUUUUCAACGAUUCUGAAUGGGAAUAACUUUUGCCAUUUUAUGAUAACUUUGCAUGUAACCGACUGCACAAAUUGCUAUGUGCACCUGUCGGGGUUCAAACCCACGAUCUUUC